AUGAAGUUUCUCGACGUUUCACUCGCUGCCUCGAUCGUCCUCGCUCUUUCUGGAUCAGCUGUGGCCACUCCACCAGCAUGUUUGUUGGCGUGCGCUGCUUCUGUCGUGAAGUCUUCUUCUGAUUGUACUGCUUUGAACCAAGUUGCUUGUGUGUGCAAGAAGGAGUCUUCUUCUAUCCAAUCUUGUCUGGAAUCCACCUGUCCUGACGAUGUUGAAUCGACUGCCUGGUCUGCUUUCAAGUCGAUCUGCUCCGGUUUGGAUGCCGAAGUUGAAGUGAGCACUAGUUCGAGCUCAAGCUCAAAGAGCUCAACUUCUAGUUCUUCAAGUUCUUCAAGCUCGAGUUCCAGUUCGAGCUCAAGCUCAAGCUCUAGUUCUUCUAGUUCUAGUUCUAGUUCUAGUUCUAGCUCUAGUUCAAGCUCCAGCUCCAGCUCCAGUUCCAGCUCUACUCCUAGCUCUAGUUCAAGUUCAAGUUCAAGUUCAAGUUCCAGUUCUAGUUCUAGUUCUAGUUCUAGCUCAAGCUCUAGUUCAAGCUCUAGUUCAAGCUCCAGCUCCAGCUCCAGCUCAAGCUCAUCUUCAACUUCCACUUCUUCCUCGAGCUCUUCAUCUUCAUCUUCUUCAUCUUCUUCAUCUUCGAAGUCGUCGUCUUCAUCGUCUUCAUCCUCUUCUAGCAAGAAGCCAAAGUCGUCGAUUCUUGCCGCCUCCACUUCGUCCAAGUCCAAGUCAUCGUCCAAGCCUUCUUCCUCGUCUUCUGCUGAGACUACGUCCUCGGUUUCCUUGACGCCAGCAGCAGUUGCAACCACCUCCUCUGCGGCUGAAUCAUCUUCCUCCUCAGUUAAUCAAGUUGUCACCUCCCAGUCCACCGGCGCUGCCGCUAACUUGGUUCCAGGUUUGGCCGGAGUUAUUGGUGGAGCUUUUGUCUUGGGUUUGAUCUAG